CUAUUUAUAGCGCUAUCAGCCAGUGGUUUCCACCAUCGUUUUUCAUCCCUACCUUCACCAAGAAGAUACCCAAUAUAGUAUUUCGAUCCAAGGAAAAUCAAAACGAUUGUUGCUAACCGUGAUGUAAGAUGCAUUGUAGACAUGUCUGAUUUUUCUUUUUUUUAUUUUAUGGGGGAAACCACUUCUAAAUUAUCGCGGACGCUUGUACUUGAAUCGUUCAUGUUUUGGUAUGCGCGGAUUAUCUUUGGAAUUCCUCCAAUGUGAAGUGUGCAGAGAAAAUAUCAAAACGAGUUACUUUCAGUUAUAAAUUUUUAUGAAUCAUUGUUGCUCCGAUCUCACAAGUAUAAAUUGUUUACAUUCCGAUGGGUUAAGCAUUUUAAAAUGAAUGUUUUUUUGCAUUAAUUUUUGCUUUUCUGGAUGGAUUGGAAGUAUAAAUAUGGCAUGUAUAGGAAUUAGCAAGAUUCCACCUGUUUUCUUUUGAGUAAUGGUAAUGCAUUUCUUUAAUUACUUGAUCUUUGAUAUUCGAACCAAGCCCAAGAAUGCUUCAAAAAGAAAAAUAGAUGGAUGGAAAAAGCUUAGGGUCAAAACGGGGUACAAUGCAGUUUCACGCCUGGCAUCCGUGCUCGGUUUCUGUUGCAAGGAUGCAAGGAACAGUAUGAGUGAGAGCAUCGAAGUGACUGUUCUGCCCGUCCCUGUUGAAUCCAUGCUGUAUUACUACGGCAGCAUCUCUCGUGAGACAGCUGAGUGGAUCUUAUGGGAUAGAGGCUGUAAAGAUGGCAUGUAUCUGUUGAGGGAGAGCAACUCUGACUAUGUGCUAUCACUUUGUUACCAAAAGAGUGUUCUUCACUACCGCAUCAAGAAACUGAGCUCUGGAGAAGUGGGGUUAUGUGGAGUACCUCGCCAAAAAUUUGCUGGCCCCGUGGAGCUAGUUCAGGGUGUUGAGGGGCUGGCUUGCAAGCCUACAUUACCCUGCAAUAAAUCAUUAGACUCUGUCCUGCCUCUUACACAUUGGGGAGUAACAGAAGAGACUAUUAGGAAGGCCAUUUUAAAAAAAGCAAAGGAAUGGGGCAUAGAUGAAGAUAAAUUGGACACUAGCCUAACUGAAAAUUAUAGUGACAUCAAAUUACUUAUUACCAAGACAUUGCAUGAGAUUCAGCCGUGGUUUCAUGGUCCAUUGUCUCGAAUUGAAGCAGAAAGGAGCAUUGAAGAGAGUGGCCAUAAAGAUGGAAAGUUUUUAGUUCGGGAGAGGGAUGAUAGCAGCUAUGCUUUAUGUUUAAGCCAUUCUGGACGCAUUAAACAUUAUAAGAUUGAUGUUCUGCCUUCUGGAGAGUUUGCCAUUCAAGAUGGACAACGCUUUCCUAGCAUCAUGGCUCUUGUGAGUCAUUAUACAUUAUUCAGUGAUGGCUUAUGGUGUUCCUUACAAGAUCCUUGUGUAGUCCCUCCUCGCCGAUCGAGUGAAACCAGUGCUUCUCGAUCUAGAACCUCUGAUAGUUCAUCCAAUAACAGGACUAGUAGUUCUAAUCACCAUCAGAGCUCUAGUAGUGGAACUCUGGAACGUAACAAAUCCUCUUCUUUGCGGCAAGGUUCUGCAAAUGCGGAUUCUGGCUCGCCUCCUUCAAAGGCUAGCCGUUUCCUCAACAGUCUCAACCAGAGAAAAUUGUUCUCCAAAAUAUUUUCCACUGUUGCACCUCAGUUCUCACAAACUCUCCCACAGAACUCAAGUCUCUCGAAUCCAUCCACUUCCAAUAGACGGACUAGCCUGUACCCGUCGCUGAGCGACGAUAACCUUGAGGGUGGUGAUCUUACUCGAUCUGUGCGUUCUCGAUUGUCACCUGAGUUGAUUGGCAAUCAUCCCUCAACCCCUCCCACUUGUUCUCGAAAGAGUUCCUUAGUGAAUAAUGUUCCAUUUAAGGAGGGGAAGAAGGGGAACAUUCAGAAAGCGUCAAGCUUUGACUUCUUACCAGCAUUCUUAUCCCUUUUUAUAUAUGGGGAUGGAACAGCUACUUCUGAACGUAAAAGUAAGAAAGGUACACCAGAGACUUGUCAUCGCAAGACAAAAAUAGAGAGAGAUAAACAUAGUGACUGUCAGACCAACUGUAAUGGUCACAGCCUCUCAAGGACUAUUUUGGAAGAUAGUAAUGGCUCUCGAAAGUCGGUACCUGUUCCAGCACCACGUCUAUCAUUGGCUAAAAAACCUUGUAAGUGGAAUGGACCUGUUUAUGCAAACAGAGAAGCUUUGGCGACAACUGGUCGAUCCAUCAGUCUAGGUGAGGAUGCCUCAAUGGAGGAGGCUGUUUCUGACAGACCUGCUAUGAAUGGUCUACCUAUUCCUCAGCCAUUCAUUCGAAGUGCCUCUUCGCCAUCUGUUGUAUCCCAUGCGAGGAUACGGAAUCAACUUUCUUCUAUACCAAUGCGAUUGUCCUCAUCGGAAGGAGGUAGUUGUGAGCCAGUUCUCACAGUGGUUAGAACUUCCUCAUUGAAUGAACAGCUGGAUGCUCAUCCUGUUCCAAAGCCCAGGAAAAAAUUGCCAGUUGCAGAAAACCGAACAGAGACCAGCUGUGAUUCGUGUGCCUCGGUAGACAGUAGCACUUCUCCUACACUGACAGAAAUUUCAGAAUUUGGAAUGGAGUCUUUUAGUGAAGAUAUAUUCCCAAGUGAUAUUGCUGCAGAUGAGAAAGACUUAUUGCAAGAUAGUGGUUCUAUAUUGAAAUCUGAAACUAGCACUUCAAUCUCUGCUUCUGUGAAUAAUGAUGAGAUGCCUGUCACUGUCAUCUCUGAUUUGUACAAAGACUUUGUUCACAGUGAUCUCAGUAGCAGUGAUUCUAACAAUAGAACAGACUCUCAACAGAUUGUGAAUGGGACAAUAGAUGAUGCAUCUUCGGUAUAUGCCACUUUGAGUGGCAGCAGUGAUGUUAUAUGUUUGCUUAGCAAUGAUGUUCCGUCUCCACCGUCUUCCACAUCUGCAAAUCAAGGGACAAAUUGUCCUGAGGGAAUUUUAGUUGACAUAGAUAUUAGUGAUACAACCACUUUGUCCAGGGAGGAAUCUGAUUUGGCUUAUCUCACCUUGAGGCAAUGCCGAAGAGGCCCUCUGAACUUGGACCAAAAGGCAAUAGAUUUGAAGGAGAAGAUAGGUUCUGGAAUUUUUUGUGAUGUGUUCAAGGGGGUAUUUUCCUCUGGACCAGUUGAAGUGCAAUUUGCAAUAAAAAUGUUGAAGAGCAGCAGUGUGCCUAAUCCCAAAAGUGAAAUUUUGAAGGAAGCUCAAACAAUGAUUGCUCUUGAUCAUCCACAUAUAGUGAGAUUAAUUGGUGUCUCUGAUAGUAAUGCUUUUAUGUUAGUCAUGGAACUGGCUCCAUUGGGUCCUCUUAGCAAAUAUUUGAGAGUUCACAGUGAGGUCGGUACUUGUGAAAUUCUUGUGCUCAUGUUGCAAGUGGCUUCUGCAAUGGAAUAUUUGGAGAGCAAGCAAUUUGUUCAUAGAGAUCUUGCUGCUCGAAAUGUGCUUCUGGUUAAUGAAAGUUUUGUAAAAAUUAGUGACUUUGGGAUGUCUAGAGCUUUGGGCUUGGGAAAAGAAUACUACAGAGCUGAAACAGCAGGAAAAUGGCCCUUAAAAUGGUAUGCUCCUGAAUGCAUUUAUUAUUUCAAAUUCAGUAGCAAAUCUGAUGUCUGGAGCUUUGGUGUUACUCUUUGGGAAGCUUUGUCCUAUGGAGAGAAACCUUAUCAAGGAAUGAUUGGGAGAGAUAUUUUGAGAAUGUUUGAGCGUAAUGAACGGUUGUCAAAACCGGAAGCCUGUCCAGAUAAUGUGUAUAGUGUCAUGAGGAAGUGUUGGCUAUACAAAGCGGAAGACCGGCCAUCUUUUUCCGAGAUUUAUGAAAUGCUGAGGAAUUGCAUUGGACCCAACUCAUAAAGUGCACUUGCAUGGUCGAUUCAUCUCAUCUUGAAAUGCAGAAUGGAUUUCAUCAUCUUUCAUGUCCAGUGACAGAAGACAUAAAAAUCAAUUUUCUAUAUCUUGCUCUCAGGAAAAAUCAUUCUCAUUCCAUUAUGGACAACUGUUCUUUCUGUGGACAUUCCAGUGGAUGCUGCAUUCAUUUUACUACACUUGUGCAAUGUCACCGUAGUCCUAACACUAUUUUUGUGGUUUGUACAGUUUUACAUUCUGCGUGGACUGAAAUUUGUAAACAAACAAAAAAAUGUCAUUUGUUACAAUGAUUGUACAGAUAAAUGAAUUAAUGUCUGGGACAUGUCUGCCCAUUGCUGCUUUGAGUAAUGCCAUUGGAACGCAUUGAUGCUCUAGUCAUUUUAGGAACAGCCAUUUUUUACCUUCUGUGUCUGUUCUUGGACAACAACAACAAAAAUAUGGUGUUAAUUCUAAAAAAAAAUAUUUUCAAUUAUUUCAUUAUAUACAUCUGUGUUUUUUUAUUCAAGGAAUAAAAGUGACCAAACGCUU